AUGUGUGAGACAUUGGGCCUAAACCUUUUUCAAUUGCAGGAUGUUGAUGUGAAUGCUUUUCUUCAAAACCCAACAUUUGUGAUGGCUAUUGGAGACAUUAUUCGCUCGUUUAAAAACCAAGUCAACGCGAAAAACAACGAUGGGGAGGAUGAUGGGGAAGAUGAAAACAACUACGACGCCUUUAGGGAUGACUACGAUAAAUUGCGGCGACGUAUACCUCCGGGGAGGUUUGUCGGAGAAACUCCGGCCGGUUGCCGGAAUAUUAAUAGAGACGACGUUAUUUUCGACGAUAAUGAUGUAUUAGGGACGACGGGUAUUGGAGACGGAAAUAUUAGAGACGACAACGGGCUAUUAGCUAUGAAGCAAUUACGGCGACACAUUAGCGACGACAUGUCGUCGCAAUACUUUUAG